UUUCCUUUGGAUCUUGGACUUUGCACAUAUCUCUCUUCACUUCUCUGCACUUCGAUCUCCCUCGGAAUACCCCACCCCUUAAUUCACCAUGUCUGGAUCCGCCGAAUUCACUUUCAAGCAGAUUGCUGAGCACAACACUAAGAAGGACCUCUACCUGAUCGUCCACGACAAAGUCUACGACUGCACCAGCUUCGUCGAUGAGCACCCUGGUGGCGAGGAAGUCCUCCUCGACGUUGGCGGCCAGGACAGCACCGAAGCCUUCGAGGAUGUCGGCCACAGUGACGAGGCGCGCGAGAUUCUCGAUGGUCUCCUCGUUGGCACAGUGAAGCGUAUGCCCGGUGACCCUGAGCCCCAGAGCCACGCAGCCCCCGCCUCCUCCUCAUCCUCCUCCUCAUCUUCCACCGCCGGCUUCGGCGUCGGUCUCUACGCCGUUAUCCUCAUCGGCGGUGCCAUCGCCUACGGCGCAUACAACUACCUCCAGGCUCAACAGCAGCAGCAGUAAGCCGGUUAUGGAGUGUAGAGUGUGCUACGAAGGUGUUGGUGUCUGUAUGUGCAAUGUGAAUAUGCAUUUCUGCAAUGUUUACAGCAAUUAGAAGAUCAAGAUGAGCAUGAAUCAGUUCUGUUUUCUUUUUUUCAUCAAUGGUCUCGCGAGAUGGGAUGGGCUAAAACUGUGCACGUCUGAGUUGCAUACGCCUUCUGAGUGAGGGUUUCGG